GCACUCAUAUAAUCAGUAAGCUGCCUGCAUUGCAGGAAAUAAGUUCGUUACGUGUUUUGCUCAUUUUUUUUUUGUCGUACUUUAUGCAUUAUGGAACUUUUACUACGUUUGCUAUUAAUAUUCAUCAAGUUCAUCGCAUUUGUUGCGCACGCGCUGCAAUAUGUAUUUAUCUGGGCACGAGGACGCCAGAUAAAGCCAAAUCUACCAGCUAACAGUAAUCCUCUGCUGCUGCUUAGCAUUCAGGAGCUGCGCACGCGACUGCGCAGCCGCCAGCUGACCUCCGUGGAGCUGGUGGGCGCCUAUAUCGAGCGCAUAAAAGUCGUGAAUACCCUGUUAAAUGCCGUGGUGGAGUCGCGCUUCGAUGCGGCGCUGCUUGAGGCAGCCUCUGCGGAUCAGCUGAUAGCCGCUGCCGGCGGCGAUGCGGAUCAGCUGUUCGCUAAGCAGCCCCUGCUGGGUCUGCCUGUCACCGUGAAGGAGUCAUGUGCUCUGUCCGGCAUGUCCUUUGCCGUAGGCAGCCUGGCCAGAAGUGAGCGGCGAGCGGAUCAGGAUGGUGUUGUGGUGGCACGCAUACGCGCCGCCGGUGCAAUACCCUUGCUGGUAUCCGCCACGCCCGAGUACUGUUAUUCCACGGAUACGGAUACGCUGCUAAAUGGACGCUGCCGGAAUCCGUUUGACUUCGAGCGCACGCCGGGCGGCAGCUCCGGCGGUGAGGGUGCAUUGAACGGUGCCGGCGCCUCGCUCUUUGGCAUCGGCUCGGACAUUGGCGGCUCCAUACGCAUUCCCAGCCUCUUUUGCGGCAUCUUCGGGCACAAACCGACUGGGGGCGUGGUCAGCGUAACGGGCCACUUUCCCAACUCCAGCGAUGCAGAUUUCCAGCAGUAUUUGGUGCUGGGUCCGAUGACCAGAUUUGCCGUCGAUCUCGCCCAGCUGCUGGAGCUGAUGGCUGGGGCAGAGGCGGCGGCGCAGCUGCGUCUGCACGAGCUGCUGCCGCUGCGCCAGCUACAGGUGCACUACGCCCUGGGCUUUGAGGGUCUCAACGGCGGCAUGCAUCAAGCUGUCGAGGAGGACAUCCAGACGGCCAUACGCAAAGCUGUGGUGCAUCUGCAGACACUGGGACUGCCCGUGCAGCGGGCAAGGCUGGCCGGCUUUGGCGAUUCCCUGGAGAUUGCGUUAAGCGGCAUUGCGCGUCUGGGCCAGAUGCCUUUUGUGCUGGACUGGGAACGCAGCCAAGUUUGGCAAACCGUGAUGCAGCUCUUGCGCAGCCUGUGCGGUAAAUCCCGUCAUACAACGAACGCCCUGAUCUUUGAUCUAAUGCGUCGCACCAACGCCUUUAUGCCCAGCCAGCGGCUGGAAAGUUAUCGCCGCGAAGCUCAGACUCUAGCUGGCCAGUUGACUGAACUGCUCGGCACAACCGGCGUCCUGCUCUUUCCCACAAUGCAUGCGCCUGCCACAAGGCAUGGCUGGACGCCCCUCCAGCUGUGGGGCGUGGAUUAUACGCUACUCUUCAAUAUACUGGGUCUGCCGGCUACGCAUGUGCCCAUGGGCCUAAAUGGCCAGGGUUUGCCCAUUGGUUUCUCGGUGAUUGCGGCACCUUAUCAGGAUCGCCUGUGCCUGCGUGUGGCUGUAGAAUUAGAGCGUGCGUUUGGUGGCUGGCAGCCACCAAAUGCCACAAGAUCUGGUUAGCUAAUAAGCUCAAUUUUAUUCAAUGUGUGCUAAGUCAUAAAAAUGGAAUAUUCAAA